CCGCCGAAUACACACGCUUUGACAUAAUCAAAUGUUUAGACUUUCCCGGUUAAAAUUCAUAACAAAUAAUUUUUCAGUUAUUUAAGUUACGAAAUAGUGAAUUAUGGCCGACUCGGGGACCCAGUGGAAAAAAUUGUGGCAGCUGAUUUCUGGCAACAAUUUAAACACCCCGAAAGAAAUCGUCUUGGAAAAGUUGCGGGAGGUGUCAAAGGAAUUGGUCGACGGUGUCAAAGAGCAACGUUCAUCAAGUAAAAACAAAAAUGAUGUUGAUCGAAAGCACAAGGAAAAAUUGCAACCAAUUCUGGACAAUCUUCAACAUCACUUCAACUUGGGCGAAACGAAAACGUGGAAUUUACUGUGCUCAUAUUUGCUUAACGAAUUCCAAGGUUCUCCAAAUUCACUAUUGAGCUAUCACGCAACGGAAGCAAAUAUGAAAAAUUUGAUGAACGAUAUUUGGAGGUAUUAUGCCAUGGAACGGCUGGUCAUGUUACGGAUUGUUCGACAUAUUCUCGAGUAUCAUAAAUCGACCGGACAUCCGUAUUCAAAGGAGUACAAUGUAAUUGCUAAAGAAGUAAAAGUGUCAGCGAUCCGUAAAUCGUAUAUCGAUCAGUUGGACUAUUUGAUAAAAGGCGAGGACAGCAUCGGUGGAAAAUACUUGACUCCGGCACAUAGUACCGGAUUGUUUAGUGAACAAAAUGGCCGGGAAAUAAUUGAAGUUUUACAAAUUAUUCUUCUGACGAUUGAGGCUGACGGCAUUCUAACGGAAGAGUUUAAACGACUUAUCGAUCUCUUCAAAAUGCAUUCAUUUGGCCGUCAACAAUGCGGACUGAAUGAUGCCAUGAUAACGAAAAUUGUUUACAGUGAACUGGCAGUUUUCAUGAAGUGUGUGGACGUGCGACGGCUAGUCGACCAAUCAUCAUGGAUCGACGAAAUCGUCAAACUGCUGGACGAUCAAAUUGUGUCUUUGUAUCAAAAUCCAGAACACGGACCCAUUCUUUUGUCAUGGAUGAUUAUGUGCAUGACAUUGCCGAAAAUCCAGGAAGACGACGAUAAUAUUUUGAAAUAUCAACAGUUUGGUACACGAGCGGUGCACUUAGGGGUUUUUAACUAUUUGUGUGUAAUGAUACGCCAUCCCAUGUAUGGAGAUCGAUACAGUGUCAUUGGUCGCAUUGUUCGCAAAACUAUUUACAACAUUUUGAAUGAAUUGUGUGAUCUGUUCGAUGGUGACGGUUCUGUGGCUCGGCAUAAGAACAUUUACCAGCUACUCAGCGAAUUACUGAGAACGUACACUAUCGCAAACGAUUUCAUUGGUCGGGAUGACGGAUGCGUGUCCUUGUACAACACUGCCUGCAAUAAUUUUCCCGUGGAUUUUAUUUCAUUAUCAAUGAUAGCGGAGUCAUUAGCGCAUAGUGAUCCUGAGCACUACACAUUCAGUCGUCAGCAACUUGAAAAUCUACCAAUUUAUGCCGAGGUUUACGAUUCUGAUAAAAUCCAACUGAAACCGUCGUCCUCCGUCGAAGACGAAUUUAUUUUGCUUGAGAACUAUUCACCGUUCCCGAAAAUUGAUUUCACCAUACCAUCUGGCACGGCCGUACUGAUCACCGAACGUAAUAAUCAGACAAUCGUCCAUUUCAAAAUCAAACUGAACUACUUUGUCGCUCUACACAACGAAAUAAACAAUUUUUUGGCCAGUACGCUACGGUACACCGAAGUCGACUCGUCGUGUCGAACUAACGUCGAAUGUGGCUUAAAAUUUCUAGCGCUGGCAGUUCAAAGUGUUGAAGACACCAGCGGAAUUAACAGCGAAAUGGUGCAUCCGAUCGAAAUGGUGUUCGACAUAUUGAUCAAAUUCAAAAAUGCUCAAGAGCCGCCAAUUAAACUACUGGCUGGUUGCAUAGAAGUUUGUUCGGCACUGACACCAUUAUUCCCGAACGAAAUACAUGUUCGUGUUGUGAAUUUAAACAUUUUGCCGUAUGUCACGAACGACAGCCUGGAUUAUCAAGCAUACAGCAAUGGGGUGUCAUUCGAGAGCGGAUUGGUUGGACAUUACUUGGUGAAUUUUGAGAAAAAUAGCGGCAAAUAUGAUUUCCUGUUGUCGUAUUUGAAUUUCGUGAAAAGAUAUUCGAAUCUAAAACUCAACAAUGUCAUGGCAGUGGAAAUACCAAAUCUUAUUUUCAUGCUCAGAGAAAUUUUCCCGCAUGUUGAAAUGUGGCGAUUCGAUAAAGAGGCCGAUCGACAACAGAUCUACACCAUUGUGAUGCAGUACUUUUUCGAAAUUCUUCAAUCCAGUGCCGAGCAGUCAUUAUUGAGGAACAUUUGUGUAUUCAGUCUUCUGAACAACAAUAGCCUCAUUCUGUUGCGAUUUGUCGCACUCGGAAAUGACACAUUACAGUCAAUCAUGAUGAACGAUCCAAAUUGGAUUACGGCUUCUCAGUCAGGAAUAAACGUUCUAGUUCAACGGUCGAUGACAAUUCUGAUGCAAGUGUUGCGACUACGAUACAAAGUGUUUAAAGACGACCGUCAACUGUCGCCUCUAGAAUCUAUAAUUUACACUCAGCCGAAAAAAUUAGACAAUCUCCGCAUUAUUCGCGUCGUGACGAGCUACAUGGGCAACAUUUUCAACCACAAUCUACCACUACUCGCCUGUCGAUUGCUACGACGAUUCGCUAUCGAAUUUCAAAUGUCCAUGUUGGCCUGUCUAGACAUGGAACCAGAUCAGAUUCGUUUGAUGUUCCUACAACGACUUCAAGACGAAAUGGAAAGCGACGAACUGAAAGUGAACAUAAUUGAGUUUGUAGAGGCUUGCAUAAACAAGCAGCCAGGUUUGACGGAAGUUUUCUUCAAAAUUGACUACGGAAUGGAGUCACGUUUCUUGCCCCGACCCAAGAAUAUGGCCGAAGGAAUCUUGAUUUACAUGUCACAGUAUUUGGAGACGAUCUCGGAGAAUUCGGAUACCAUAGCUAACAAGCAACUAAGCGGCAUUAUGUCAUUGUUCCAUGCAAUCUGGAAGAAUAAUAUGCAGUCUCUGGUGCAGAACCUCACAACAAAGCCAAAUUUUUGGCCAGCAAUAACUAGUCCACUACACGGACAAAUUGAUCCAGACACGAAGGCGUACUCUCAAAUUUUCAACAUUCUCGGUAUCGAGCUCUUUCGUUGCUCGGCCAACUUCAAAUUGAAUGACAAUUUGCACAAAGCUUUUGAGACGUUCUUGAAGGCGGAUGUGUUUAAUAAAUGGAUUGAACAUGUGCUAACAUUACCGGAUGAUACUAUCGAGGAUGUUCUCAUCGAUGAAACACCAGAAUGGCUGUGUCGGUUGCAAUCGUUUAAAGAUUUGUUGGUAAUGCUUGUGAGGAAGGAACAACAUGUCAAAUUGCUGACGGAACAGGGAAAGGUUAAUUUCACCAACAAAUGCAUCGAUGUAUUGGUGGAACGAUCGAAUUGUACUGAAGAUUUUCGACCUUUCAUCAUUUUGUCGGAGGUUUACCUGUUGGUCAUAUUAAGCAUGGACGACAUCCAUCGGCACAGUGAACAAAAACUGGAUAAAAUGAUUACACUAAUCAAUAACGUCGCUGUGUCGUACGGUGAUAUACACAGUCGGGCUAAAGAGUCAAUACUAGCACUGGCGUUCAAAACGAUUGACAUUCUUCCAGAAAACCGGUUCGGUGAAAAAAUAUCCGGUUUCAUUCGGUCCAUAACGGACAUAAUUUGCUUCGAAAUUACACAGACUGAAAUUGAAAUCUACAAGAACAAGAAGGGUACAACGCAACCGAAUAAAUCGAAUUUGUCAUUUAUUCUGGCCAUCAAUUUGCUGAAGAAAAUUACGAUGAAUUUUGUGCAAGAUGAGAUGAAGGAAAUUACAAGGCAUUUGAUCGCAAGUAAAUUGUUCUACCGAAUGUUCAGCUGCUUGAACCUCACAUUGCAUUUGUAUCCUUUACGUCGAAUUGUCAUCGAAAUGUUAGAUUUCCUAACAAUAUUCGCCGAAUCGAGCUGCUCACACCAGCUACUGCAUUGUGAAAUUGCGCAUAGUUUGUGGUUGAAAUUGAUACCGCCAGAGGAGUUGCGACACUUCCGUUCCAAUGGACCGAUUGACGGGCAAUGGAAUGCGGCUGAUUGGUGGCCAAUAUACACUCGAGGCGUUGAGUUUGUGUUAACAAUGCUGCGGAAACAUGGUCAACGGUUUCGCAACGAUGCACUGCUGUUUGUCAGCGUACAUGAAGAGUUUCUGAUUGAAUCAAUUUUGAAAAUAACGAAACAGGCACUGGACAAUCAAGCAAUGACUUUGAUAAAAACGACAUUGGAAUUGGUGUGCGAACUGUUGAAUUUUCAGAGAGAUUGGAAUUUAGAGCACUCGACGAGCAUGACGAAUUUAAUGCGUUGCGUACAAAUGGUCAUCGAUCGAUCAGUUUUCCUACUUCACCGUCCGAAAAUUUUGAAACAAAUGAUGGACAAGGAAACCAAAUUGGAACACAUGUCCUUUAUGGAAAAUCUGACACCCUCAGAUGAACUUAUCGGAACGAUGAACAAUCUCAUCGAACUAAUCGUCAUUGGUAGUAAAUGUUUGCUCGUCUUCAGUCCAAAGCUGCUGAAUCUUUUAACAGACUCUGAGUUCUUGGUUUCACGAUGGAAACCGCUAUUAGAGAUCCAGUUUAAUGCACCAAAAUUGAACAACGACUCCAACGAUCUUCAACUAUCGAUCGGAACGAUUCUAAGCGUUGCUUGCUUAUUAACCAGAGCUUUGUCGUUGCAAUCAUUCGCGUUCCACGAGGAACCGUUGAACGACAUCAGUCAAAUCAAUCCCGAAGAAACGACCGACUAUUUACAAUCUAGCAGUUUACCAUUAAUGGAUAGAACCGAUCGUGUUACAUUUAACAAGUCCACAUCGUUGACUAUGUCUACAACAACUGCACUGCCAUCCGAGAUACUUUCAAAUUUGGACGAAAAAAUAUGUUUUACUGCUUUGGAAUACGUACUGACGCUGCUGGCAUCGCAAAGUCUGUUAGCAUUGAAGGACAUCCACUUAUCGAACCGAAAUAAGCAACUGAUUAAACGGGAGCUAUCUACCGAGCUGCACAUCUUCCACGAUUGGGUGAAGAAAACUCUGCGCCUAGAUUUGAACAAGACUCCACUGCAUCGUAAAAAGUAUGGCUUGAAGAUGUUUUCUGCGGUUUCUUCUGCCGAUCCAGUUAAUUUGGUUGGGAGUGCAGUUCCUGCCAAAAAAGGAAAUUUGGGUGGAGCGGGUGCGGAUUUGUUUUUCAAUCGGAAAGAAAACUUGAUCCCCGGUCGGAGUUCAGGAUUUCUAGCAGAAAGUACGCCAAUCGGUCCGAAACCCAAGGUGACUAUAGCGACCAUAUCAACUGCGAUGGAUCAGGAUAUCAACACCACUUACACUGUUGACCAAAAUGUUUUCAACGGACUUUCGAUUGUUAAAAUCGUCGAAGAGGAUUACGUUCAUUUUCUGUCGAACAUUUUUACGUUAAUCUGCCAAAGUGAAUAGACUAUGGAAGUAGUUAGGAGACUUGGAUGUGUCAACUGCCUAUUUGUGAAAUAAAUAAUUGAUAAUUUUGAA